AAUUGUUCGAGAAAAGUAAUAAACAAAAGGAAAAUGAUCUCAACAAAACGCCCACUACCCCCAGAAAACACCUCCAAAUAUCGCCCCGGCAAGACCUGCUCCCGAACCAGAAAUCCCAUCCGCGAAGCCCGAGAAACACGAGAGUCUAGACGACCAGAAAGGCGACACAAACCCAGUAGCCCGCAAGACCGCAGCCCGUCAGGCUCCCCAAUCGUAACCCUGAGCGUCGGCCCCGAGAAGCGCCUCUUCGCCUGCCACGAAGACAUCCUCUGCGCAUCGCCGUACUUUGCAACCUUCUGUCGUGAACAAUUCGGUAUCUCGUCACGAAGAAAACGGAUCGAGCUCCCUGAUGAGCAGCCGGAGGUUUUAUCGUGUGUUCUGGAGUACUUCUACAGGGGCGAUUAUACGCCUAGGUUAGUCCAUAAUGCGCGACGGGAACAGUGGGAGUUGGAGGAUAUAGGUACGGAUAGUGAAGGUCAGAGCCAUGGGGCUACAAUGUUCCAUAAGGCGGCUGGGGGUGUGAUUUUGAGGGACACUGCUGUCUACUGUGCAGCCGAAAAGUACACACUCGAACCCCUCAAGCGCCUCGCCCUGCGCAAACAAGGCCUCCACACGGGUAUCCAAUGCAGCACGAUCCUCAACAGCGCGCGGUAUGCGUACUCCAACACGCCAGAUACCGAGUCGAAGCUUCGGGCGCACUAUCUUGCGUUGAUUAUUCGGAGUCGAUCGACAUUUAAAAGGAGUGGGACUAUGCAGAUGGAGAUGGAGGAGGGGGGGAAGUUGUUUUUUGAUUUGUUUGUUGCGAUGUGUAAUCAUAUGGAUGAUCUUUCGGCUAUGGCUAAGCGGGAGGGUUGA